AUGGACUCCCUUGCUUCAUAUAAUGUUUCCACUUCCACCUCAGCCAUUAAUACAGAUAAUCUUAUAGAUACAUCAUCAUCUAAUAAUGGUACUAAAACUGCCACCAACGACAACACACCCAAAAUUGUUCUAGAUGCUCGUAUAGCUCUAUUGGCAACUGCUAUAGGUGGUCCAGAUCAUACUUCUAAUUUAGUUCCACCUCCAUACAAACAUGGUGAUGAUUGUCUCGCAUGUUUAAAAGAUUUAGAAAAUUGGUUUCUUUUAGUAGAUGAAAGACAAAACAAAUAUGAUGUUGCCAUAAGCGUUGCUAAGCAUAAUAUUUUAAUUGACGAUUUAAUCCCCAUUUUAUUAGAUUGGGAAUCUAAGUCUAGCUCUGCUAAUACUACCACAUUUAAAAAUAAAAUGUAUUAUGAUAAUUUGGCUUUACACUGUUUGAACUUGAUGAAUUUCAUGAUUGCUCCACUUGUACUUAAUGAAAGAUCCAGCUUUAAUAAAGUUUCUCAAUACAAUGAAUUACAGAAGUUCCAAAUUAUUUACAAAAAAUAUAUACUAUCUAUAUCAGAUGGUAAAGUUUUAAAGGCAAUUUCUAGAAUGGCCAUCGAAAAAAUAUCUAUUGAUAAAAACGAAAGAUCGAUCAAAGAUUCCUCUGUGUUGAGGAUGUGUGUUAUGUUUUUCAAUUAUAUACUCAAUAUCGAUUUACCAAAACCAAUUUUAACCACUAACAAACUAACAAAGAUUAAAAACUCCACCAGUAAAAAGUUGAAUAACGAUCCGAUUUUACCUCAAAAUAUUCAUUAUGAAGAUAUAUCCAUGGAAACCACUGUUCAAGCAUUCCACAAAAAUAAAGUUUUCCCUCUUUUAUUAUCAUUUAGUAGUUUAUUAAAUACAGAAUUCCAGUCAGGGUUAAUGACUUUUGCGCUGAUCACCACAAUGUAUAACUUAAUCAAAAAUAUCAACCCGUAUGAUUUAUUAGCUAGUGCUAUUAGUACUAAUACCACUCACAAACACACCUCUUUAUCUAACUUACUAUCUGAAGAAAAAGAACUGAAGAAACAAGUCAUUAAAAAUACAAGUUCAAGACAUUCACGAUUUGGUGCUUUAAUAUCUAUUCAAACUUCUGAACAUAACAGAUUAACUGUUUCUGGAUCACGUAAUUUAUUAGAACGAGGUAGUCUAUUGCAAAAACUAGACGAUUCGAAAAGUCUAAACAAAAGUAAAAUUAGCGUUCGUAGUGGCCCUAAUAAUGACGAAGAUGGGUUUUUAAAUGACCUUCCAAAAAGUCUAUUAAACUUUUCCAAUAAAAAUGCCUCCGGUGUUCCCAAUACUCACUUAACUGAGUCUUUGAAAAAAAAAUUCAACAAAUUCAUUGAAAAAUUCAUUGAUAAUAACGGCUUUCAUAAUUUAUUAAAAUAUAGAAUAGAUGAAUUAAUUUCUAAUGAGGAUGGAACUGCUAGCACUAAUUUACAGAAGGACAACAUUCAACUGUUAUCGUUUUAUUCUUGGUUUCUUAGAUACCAAAGAUUGAGAUACGAAUCAACAAUAAAUUCUUCCAAAUAUAUUGAAAAUUUAGAAGCUAUUGAAAUAGUUUUAAAAGAUGUCAAUAUUAUCUAUGUCUUUAAGAUCUUUAGAGAAGCCAUUGAUAACAAAGAAUGGCCCCUUAUUUACACCGGCGUAAUUGCUUUAAUUGAGUUAUUGUCAGUAAUUGAAAUUCUGGAUGCCACCUCUUUUGAAGAAGCCACUGAAUUGAAGGAAAAAUUUUUUAGCAAUGAAAGAAUUGAAUUAUUUGCACGUUUACCAAGAAUAAUAACAAAACAUCCACCUCAAUUUGUUAGAUUAUGUUUGGAGUUAAAUCAUAAAAUUUUAAAAAUUUUAGAAAAAUUUACAGAUGACCAAACUUUACAAAUUUCUUCAAAUAAAAGAAGAUUAAACACCAAAAAGAACAGUUUCCAAAACCCAAAGGUUCAAACAAAAAUUGAAGUUUUAAUGGAGGAAUAUAACAUUGAUCGAGAGACCGCAUUGGACCUGUUUGAAGAUGAAAUACGAACCAAAAAUAUAAGUUUUAAUGCAAUUAAGAAUCAAUUUUAUACAGAGCCAACCAUUAAAACAUACAUUACUUUUUUACAAAAUUACAAAAAUUUAGAAUAUUUGGAUAUUAAAAGAGUUUUACAAUUUUUACAAAGGAUUUUCACGCAAAGCCAUCAGGAAGUUUUUCUUUUUAAAUUAGAAUUUAUAGUGUUAUUAAGGGAUAUGCUAGGGCCCCAGGGUCUACAAAGACAAUCCAAAACAAGAAAGCAUGUCGAAAACUUUUCCCGUGAAUACUUGCAUAAAUUGAAGAAUAAAUUAAAGGAAUCACCUGCUUGGUUUGUUGCAUUGUUAUUCCCUACACUACACGAUAGUAAAAUAAAAAACUAUCAGAAUUACGGCUUACAGUUAGACAAUAAUGGUAUCAACGGUACAGUAACACCAGCAACUUCGAAGUAUCCUACACCUUCCACCUUUAAAAGCUUUCCAGAUCAGGAAAGUCUAAGCCCAGCCAUUAUUACAGAUUUACAAUUUGGAAUAAUUAUUUCCACCUUAAUUGAUAAUGGAUUUGAGUCCAUGAUUAAUACGAUUUUAACCCAUUUAGGUCACUGUUUGGAAGAUAAAAUGGUAAAAAUAACUCAGCCAGAUCCUAUAGCAUCUGAUUAUCACUUACCACUAUCGAGUUCUGAGGACUUAGCAGAAAAUAUUAAAAUGAACCGAGAUUUCAGGUGCUUUUUAAAAUUAACUGGAUACAAAAUUCCAAUGAGAAUCAAUGAAAGUGAAUGUUUUUUACCAAGUUCAUUCCAAAUUACUGAUGUCAAGAACAAUAUAUCAGUAAUUACUAAAUAUCUAAACAUGCCAUUUCACAUGCCAAAUGGCGAUGAUCCUUUGAAUUACUUACAAUCUGAUAAUGAUGACGGGCAUAACCAGAAUAUAGAAGGUGAAGAAUAUGAAACUGAAAUGUUAAACUUCAUAGUAAGGGAUGAAGACGAGGAAAAUGAUGAUACUGACUAUUUUAAAGAAUUGCAAAAUAUGCAUAUAUCUAAAACUUUAGCCAAGGGAACCGCUAUUUCCAAGUCAAAAAACAAGAAAAGGAAGAGAAUAAAGAACAACUUGCCGGAAUUUGAUAAUUCUGAUGAUUUAACUAGGAAUAAAAAACCACAACAGCAAAGAUUGAAUAUUAUCAGCAAUACAUUUAUCAACGAUUCAGACGAAGAAUUUGAUGAUAUUUUUUUUGAAAACGAAUUAUAUCUAAAUUGGAUCGUUAACAAAUUUUCUGGUAAUUUGCCCGAAAAAGAAAAACACUUAUUAAGUCUAUUUUUGAAAGACCGUAAAGUUAAUGGAGGGAAAGUUACGAAUGAUUAUAGUGAAUUAUUUGAUGGGCCUGUUCCUUCACUUGAAGAGAUCAAGGGUGUUGGUGGUAAAAUUAGUGAAGAAAAUAAUACUGUUGAUAAUGAUUCGGUUAAAAACUUUACUAAGAAGUUCAACAAAAAAGAAGAAUUGUUAAAUGAGCAAUUGGACAAUAACCCACAGUAUGAUGAGGAUUUAUCGGAUAACAGUUUUUUCGGUGCAUCUGACGAUGCUAAUGUUAGAGAAGAUGUAAUUAUUUCUUCCAAACAAACCUUUUCUGAGUUAAAUGGAAACAUUUUAAUUAGCAAGAAAAAUAUAGUUCGUCAAGAUACUGACAAAAAACUGGACCAUUUCAGUGAUGUUCAAAAUAAUAAUAAAGGAGAAGAAGAAGAAGAAGAAGAAAAGGCAUGCAUCCUUACUGAAACUAUAGAUACUAAUAAUUAUAUUGAUGACAAUAAUGACACAGACAACGAUGAAGAUAUUUUGCCGAAACCUAAAAGAACAAAAUUAAAUAACUUUUUUAAUGAUGAUGAUGAAUAA